AGCAAGCUAAGCUGUGGGAGCCUAGCCCUAGCUACGAAGGACGGGAAAUCGAGGGCUCAAAAUCCACAAGCGAAUCCAUGGGAGCUGGGAUGAAACGCACGAGGGAGGAGGAGCCAGCCGUGUCGCUGGCACUGUCCCUCAGCACGGAUCCCGCGUCUUCCGCCGUAACGUCAGCCGACUCAGGCGCUGGUGCGCCGGCCAAGCGCAGGAGGGGCGCCGUGGUAGCGACGUCGGGGGAGGGGGAGUUCGUGUGCAAGACGUGCGGGCGGGCCUUCGCGACGUUCCAGGCGCUGGGCGGGCACCGGACCAGCCACCUCCGCGGCCGCCACGGGCUGGAGCUCGGCGUCGGCGUCGCCAGAGCCAUCAAGCAACGGAAAAAGCAGCGGCACGAGUGCCACAUCUGCGGGCUCGGGUUCGAGAUGGGCCAGGCGCUGGGGGGACACAUGAGGCGGCACCGCGAGGACAUGGCACUCGGCGGCGCCGACGACCAGCGGGUCGCGCUGCUCUCGGAUCAGGAGGUGGCGGGGCACCAGGCCGCGGCCGACCAGCCGCCGGUCUUGCUCGAGCUGUUCGUCUAGGCAGAGCUGGAAAGAAGGAAGACACAUACGUUUUCUUUCCUUAUUAUAUAAUGCGUGCGUGAAUAGACAUGUAAAUAUGAUAUAGGUU